AUGAAUAAUUUAACAGAUGGAAACGGAAAUCCAUUUUUACGAAGUUUUUACCCUCCUCUCAACCCCCAACAACAACAAACAAUUUAUAACAAUGAGGAUAUUGCUUGUUUCGGAUCAAAUGAAUUGUCGACAACCUCAACAACUCAGAAUAUUUUAUUUGGUACCCGAACACAACAAAAAUAUACAAAAUCCUCAAAUGAUAUUAAAAAACAUGUAAAUAAAUUAACAACAAAUAAUUUACAGGAAACACAGGGGAUUUGUGUUAAAAAGAAAAGAAAGAGAAGACACCGUACUAUUUUCUCACAAGAACAAAUAUUUGAAUUGGAAAGUCUCUUCGCCGUUCAUCGUUAUCCAAAUGUUCCAAUGAGGGAAGAACUUUCUCAAAGAACAAAACUUUCCGAAGACAGAAUUCAGGUAUGGUUUCAAAAUAGAAGAGCAAAACGCCGAAAGAUUGAUAAAACUUGGGGACCAUAUGGCUUGUAUGGUGCAAUGGUUAGACAUCAACUACCUCUACCGGAAACAAUAACAAAGUGUCAAAACGAUCCUGAUGGAUCUGUUGCACCUUGGUUAUUAGGGAUGCAUAAAAAGAGUAUAGAAGCAGCUGCUCACUUGGAAAAAGUUGGGGAUGAAGAAGAUGAGGAAGAUGAAGAUAUUGAAGGAGGGCAUUUCAAUAAUAUCGGUUAUCAAAACAAAAAACAAAGAAUUUCAAUAAAGAAUGAAGGUGGGGGAAGAAGAGGGGGAGGGGAUGAAUUUUCUGAAGAAGAAAAAACACAAAAAAAUAUUAAAAUAAAUGAAGGGAGGAAAGAACAAAAUAAUAAAAAACAAAAUAACCAAAUGUCCUCAACAAAUUUAAAUUUAAUUAAUCCUUAUUUUGGAAUGAUGGUUUGAAAAAAUAAAAAAAUGACUAUUUUUUGGCAUACUUAAGUAAAUAGAACCCGAUAUUUACCUCUAGGGUGGUUAGAUGGCCUCAAAAGGAUUGAGUUAAGCACCGAAUAUUUAACUAGAAUGACUUGAAAGUUCGACUCGGUAGAAUUAGGCUUUAUUUUCUAUUGAAUCGAGUCGUCAAGCUUUUCUUCCUUUGUCCUUUUAAUUUGACAUUUAAUUUUUUAAAGCCUCUGUGUGGUAUUUUCUAGUCUAAACCUUUUUGCUAAUAUAUAAAAUGGAAUUUCCCUCCAAAAACUACUUUAGGGAAUAUAAAGAGCAAUUUGAUAGUUUGACUAAUAAAAUGGGAGGGGAGGGGGGGGGGGAAGGCUUUUUUAUUUGCUUUUGCCACUUUUCCAUGUUUUUCCUUUUAUUUUAUUACCACAAAUGAAGAGCUUGAUAAAAGCAAUUGACUAUAAAAGUGAC